AUGAGUGCUCUCCCGCGCCUUGCUAAGGAUGCGCCACCGGUCACCAUCAGCGCCCCCAUCGCUGCGACUGACAUUGUCGAGGCCACUGAACGUCACGGCUCGGUCUCUUCAAGCUAUACCGACGAAGACAAGAAGCUUAAUCAAGAUGUCUCCUGGACGCCGGCGAGUGACAGCCAAACCGAGUCGCUAGCCGACGAUAGCUUCGCGCCUCUCAGCCGAAAACACGUCUUCCAGGACGAAAAAGUUGCUGACCAUUGGCGUAAGCUUUACGACUCAACCAAGUACGAGAAUAGGCACCGCUUCGAUCCUUCUUUCGAGUGGACUGUCGAGGAAGAGCAGGCAGUCGUUCGCAAAGUCGAUUUCAGGGUCCUCGCCUGGAGUUGGGUCAUGUUUAUGUCGCUUGACCUCAUUCGCAAAAACAUCAACCGCGCCAUCGCCGACAACUUCUUGAAAGAUCUUGGCAUGGACCAAAACGACUUCAACAACGGUGGUGUCGUCUUCCUCGCUGCAUUCCUCUCCGCAGAGCUGCCCUCCGGCCUCAUCUCCAAGAAACUAGGUGCCGACAUCUGGGUGCCGAUUCAGAUUGUUUCUUGGAGUAUCAUCUCGGCUUCUCAAGCAGCUCUGUCCAACAAGACUGGCUUCUACAUCACUCGCGCUCUGCAAGGUCUGGCACAAGGCGGCUUUUUACCGGACCAGAUCCUUUAUCUCUCGUACUGGUACACUGGAAAGGAGUUGAGCACCCGCUUGAGUUGGUUCUAUACCGUCCUGGGAUUGAGCCAGAUCAUCGGUACGCUUCUUGCUGCUGGUUUCCUCGAGCUUCGUGGCCUUAACGGUCUUGCUGGUUGGCGCUAUCUAUUCGGCUUCGAAGGUCUUAUUACUGGUGUGAUUGGCAUUCUCUCGUUCUACUUGCUCGCUCCCGCGCCUACAAACACCAAGGGACUCUUGAGAGGCAAGAAUGGUUGGUUCAACGAACGCGAGGAGAAAAUCCUCGUUAACCGCGUUCUUCGCGACGACCCCUCCAAGGGCGACAUGAACAACCGAGAGGGGUUGACUCCUCUUGCUGUCUUCAAGGCUUUGGGUGAGAAGGAUCUCUGGCCCGUCUAUCUCCUUGGUAUCAUCGUUUUCAUCCCUUACUCUCCUCCGCAGACGUACCUCUCGCUCAUCCUCAAGCAGCUGGGAUACAGCACGUUGAAGUCCAACUUGCUCGCUAUUCCUUCGCAGUUCUUCUUCGCUCUCAACACGAUCCCCUACGCAUGGCUUUCGUCGAAGCUCAACGAGAGAAGUUUUCUCGCCUCGCUGUCCAACGUGUGGAACCUUGCUUUCCUGAUACCGCUGUACCUGCUCAAGGAGAGCUCGGCAAGCCACUACAACUGGAUUCGUUACGGCUUGAUCACCGCGCUCACCUCAGUCCCAUACUGUCACCCGUUCCUCAUUGGCUGGGUAUCACAGAACUCGCAAUCGGUGCGCAACCGUGCCGUCUCGCUCUGCCUGUACAACAUGUCGGUGCAAGUCGGCUCGAUCCUCUCGACUCGAAUCUACACCAACGGUGACAAGCCUUACUACCGCAAGGGCAAUCUGGCUCUUAUCUCUCUCGCCGCCUUCUCCAUCGUCCUCUGCUGGCUGGUCAAGCUGUACUACAUCCAACGAAACAAGCAGAAGCGCCGCGCUUGGGACAGCCUCAGCGCUGACGAGCAGCUGCAGUACAAGCUCACCACCAAGGAUCAGGGCGCCAAGAGGCUGGAUGUUUUCUUUGUACACUAG